AUGGGGCGUCUGGACGAGGCCUCAAAAGCGUUUCAGCUUCAGUAUGACGCGGCGAAAAAGCUGCAGUGGAAGAAGCCAUUAUGCCGCGCCGUUGGGAACUUGGGCAUGACUAAUUUCCAGCUCUCACAACAGCGUCAUGACGGUCGACUGCUGGACUUGGCCAUCGCUCAGUUGAAUGAACGUGUCCAGCUGGCGCAACAUCUGGGCGAGGUCGCUGCUGACGGUGUGAGCCCGGCAAAGGCAGCUUCUCGUCGACAACUGGCUGUCACCUGGGAGUCUAUCGGCCAGUCUCGCCUCUCGCUCUGUUUUGCAGCGCAAGGCAACACACAGGCAGCCGUCGACGCCGCACAUGCCGCCCUCAAACUUUCUCACACGCUCGAAGACCCAGCCGUCAUGGCUCUCUCGAGGUUUUUCUAUGGACGAGCCCUACUUUUCCAGGGCAGGGUGGAAGAGGCCAUGGCGCAGUUCAACCUACCGAGCGCCUGCUCGUGUGCCAUUGCACUCUGCAAGGAGCCUUCCAGCGACAAUUAUGAGUACUUGCGCGAGCUUGUAGACGUGGGCGCCAACAUGGAUCUCGUGGACAACCAAGGCUACACAGCGCUCGAUCACUCCGUGUUUAACAGCGAUGCAGCCAUGGAAGACCUUGUCCUCGAAGGCCUUCGCCGUCAGCUUGGGGACCAUCGGCAGCCUGAGUUUGCCAGGCUGCAAGUGGAGGCUAAGCUCCGGAAAGGAUACCGCGAGCUCUUCCAAGAGAAAUUGAGACCUGUACUACUGUCCAACGGAGGUGAGGCCACCAAAUCACUGCGAUCACUGCGGCACACAUAUGACGAGAGCUUGUCCUCAGAUGGAGAGAGCGGCCGUAUGUUUGACCGUCUCAAAGUUUUGCGAUACACUGAGUUCCUCGCCUUUGGAAGACUCCCGCGAUCAAACGACGGCCUCGUCUUGCCUCUGGUCUCUCGAUCGACCCUCUCCCAUCGACGACCAGACGCUGUUGACUUUGUCAUCUUCAUCUCUUACCGCUGGAUCAACACGGAAAAGUCACGCGAUUCGCCAGACGAUGUGAACAACACGCAAUUCGGGCGCAUGGUCGCCGCUGUGGAGGCCUUUCUACGGUUGCACCCAUCGGUCGAACCCUCGCGCCUCGGGAUCUGGCUCGACCACAGCUGUGUGGACCAGGACGACCCGAUGCCAGGGGUUUCUGCGCUGCCGAUGAUCGUGGCCCAGUGCAACGCCGUCAUCAGCCUGGUCGAUGGACAGUACUACGAGCGCGCCUGGUGCUCGGUAGAGGUGAUGAUGGUGCAGCAGCUGAGGCGAGCGUAUGGGCUCCAUCUGUGGUAUGAGCACAUUGAGACAGAGCGCAGUGCAUGGGAGUUGCGCGAGGGUGCGUUGGACAUGGAGAUCGUUAUGGCGGAGAAGAAGCUGACUUUCGAGUCGGAUCGGCCCAAGGUGUUAUUUCUGGAAAGACAGAGCAAGCUUCUGGGUUAG